UGUCCACGCGACAGCUUUCGACUUGUUUUAUUUCUCGGAAAAUUAUAAAAACCGGCUCGCUUCCCCACACUCGUCCUCGUCCCCCGCCGCUGAUGCUGUCGAUGCUGGUGCCGGUCCCGAUGCUGGUUGUCUUCCGUUUAUUCUAGUCGCUCUUGAUUUAUUCCUCUUCCCGCCAUGGCCACGAACGCGAUUAUGGGCUCGCCGCGGAAACGGGCUCGCUCGCCGAUGGCCAGCCACCUCACGCCGAGGUCGAAGCAGCGUCGCGCAGUACAGGCUGUGCCGAUGCCGACCCUCGUCUCUCCCUCUGCCCACUCGCCCGUUCUCCUCGACUCUGAUACCGACUGGCCGCUGUAUGUGUUCAACCCCGGAUCAUGCACCUCUGUGCACGUCAGUCCGGCGCAGUUUGUGACGGUGCCAAAGCCAAACUGCAUCGUCCUCGCUUUCUACGACGGCGAUGACGACCGCCAUGUUCGCGCAGCAAGCGCAGUACAGGGUGUCCAUGGCACUGCCGUCUACGCCGUCUCUGUAACGUCUCCCCGCGACCGAAAUGAUCUCAACGUACCAAUCCUCUUCGACCCGCGCGCAGCGCUCACCCACCACGCGCGCGCCACACACCCCCUUGGCGGCGGCAGACUGCCUAUGCCUGUCCUUCUUGUUCUCGAUCAUCAACUACGACGGCGCGCUUUUAUACCCGUUGGAUGUGGCAGUCAAGCAGUCAGACCGAUGAUGGUGGAUGAUGUGCAGAGCGUGCUGAGUGAUAUAAUCAGAUACUUGAAUUUUGAGCACUCGCGGGAUGUUUAUAACGAAUCUAGUCGCAUGAUGUUGGAUGUAUAGGUUUUGCGUUCUCUUUUUCUUAUUCUUUCUCCUCGGUCUGGCGUUAUGGUCUUUUACUGGCGGGCUUCGCAAAUUUUUUUUCUUCAUCACCUUUUUUUCAUCAUAGUCAUCAAAAUGGUAGCGAAAUAUGUAAAAUGCAUUACUAUUGUACAGAAAU